AUGAUAAAAGAGCAAAAGAUAAAACUUCCGCCUGAUCUCAUUACCCACAUAUUUUCACUGCUGCCCAUCAAUUCUCUGCUGCGUUUUCAGUGUGUUUCGAAGUCAUGCUUAGCUCUAAUCACUGACCCAUAUCUCAUCAACAUGAGCCUCGACACUAGCAGAGAGCGUAGUCUCAUUGUUGAGACAUCUUCACGCCAUCGGCCAAAAGAUUACUACUUGGUAAACUUUUCCGAUGAGAAUCGGCUCGGCGAGUCUACGAAGAUCUACCCGCCAUUCCAUUUUCAAAAAAACCUCAACCAAACCUCAAUGAUAGGCUGUUGCAACAUGUUAGUUUGCAUCUUCAAAUCUGCAUAUUUGGAUCCAUAUGGUUAUUAUGGAUCCAAAUAUGAUAAUAAAAUUGUGAUUUGGAAUCCAUCAAUCAAGAAAAACAAGAAAUUGCCCAAUGAGCCUCAUCUAGACUAUGAUAAGCACAACCAACUCAUAACAACAUUAGGGUAUAACCCAGUCGAACUCAAUUUAGCAUUCGGGUUUGACCCAGUCAACAAUGAUUACAAGGUUUUGAAGAUUGUAUUUGCGAGAGUUGUGAAAGCUGAUAAUUGGGGGCUUGAGCCUCCAUGGACCGCUGAAAUUAUGGAGCCCUUAGAAAUUAUGGUAUAUAGUCUGAAAGCACAUUCUUGGAAAAGAGUAGAAGAUCAAUGGCCUUACAAGGAGGAGUCAUUUAUUUGGUCGGGGCCGGCUUUCUCCAACGGUGCUUUCUAUUGGUUGGUUAAUAGUGCACUUGGAUCAACCACCCUUCUCACAUUCGAUCUCACUACUGAGAAAUUUGGAUUGCAAACGUUUCCGUUCGAAUCGUAUUUUAAUGUGACUUUGGAGGUUUUGGGAGGAUUGCUAUGUGUUUCUAAGAAUACUCAUGAGGGUGUUGAAGUUUGGAUGAUGGAAUACGGGGUAACAAGCAAUUGGAGUCGGCUUUAUACGGUGCCUAUGACUUUCCCCUACCACCGAUCACUAGCUUUUUCAGAAGACGGUGAAAAGAUUCUAAUGGAAGACAACUCUAGGGAGCUCUUUUGGUUUCACAUAGAAAAGAAGACAUGGUACAAGAUUAUUGAGAAUGCUAGGUGUCCUAUUUUCAAUAUGAAUUGGACAGCGCCUUAUGUAGAAAGCAUCCUUCUCAUAGAUGGUGAUAGUGACAAUUGA